AUGGACAGCUCUUUCGCCUCUGAAGCGCAAUGUAUGUCGCCGUCUACCUCUUCGUCUUCCGACGCGCGCAGAGCGUCUCCUGUCCCUUCUGAGCCCGCGGACCCUGAGGCCGCGGACGACUUGCCUCUUUUAGGAUUCUCGUUCGCGCCGGGGUUGCCUCGCGCGGAGACUUUGUCAGGCGCGGCGGCGCCUGCGACGCCUCCUCCGCGUUCGACGCUUUUCUCAACUGGCGGCGCCUCCGAGGGCGCGGCGCAGCCUGGGGAACGCGGCCGGGAGGCAGAGCGACCGGCAGCGCACGAUGAGAGGAGGCCGCGAGGAGGGGGCAGCGGCGGCGAGCUUCCGCCCCAGGAGAGAGGGCGAAACCGACCCGACGCGCCCUUGUCGCCUCUGCCUGAUGCCUCUGAAAGAGACUCCUUUUUCCAGCGCAGGCGACCGACGCAGGACGGCCGCGACGGCGAGAGGUCGCCGGCGCUGCUGUCGCUGCACUACGGGCGCGAGAGCCGCGGAAAAGCCCACUGGGACGAGCGAAGCGGGCGAGGAGACGAGGAAGACGGCGAGAAGCAGGAUCGGCGAGGGUCGGUGGCGUCGUUUUUCUCAGGCGCGGGCUCGCCGCGAGUUCAGGCCAAGAGACUCUCUUCGACGCUGGGGGGGGGAGCCUUCGGGAGCAGCGGCGCGGCGCGCCUGAGGCCUGCAUGCUCGCCUGUGUUGAGUGCCGAGCGACGCGAGCCGUUUGGCUGCAGAGACGACGAACGCCACACAGGCUCUGGGGAGAGGGAGAGCUUGCCCCCUCAGCGCGCUCGGCCGGGAGGCACUGCGGGCUGGCUGGCGAAGUUGAGUCGCGGCAGCGAGUACUACAACGAGGCGAUCUGCGAGAUCUUCGAGGAGCGCGACGACGAGGCCCGCGAGCGCAGACGCCGAACGACGCGCCACAGGCGACGUCGCGGCAGCGGCUCGGGAGAGCGCGACAGCGAAAGCGCGGACGAGCUCCGCGCCUCGAGCAUGUCCCAGUGGAGCGCCUCUUCAGACUGGCCUGGCGCAGCAGAAGACGGCGAGAGAGGACGCGGGCGCCGCCGCACCAAGCGUGAAGACGAAGACCGAGCCAGUCCCGCAGGGGGGUCGGCUAAGUCUUCGCGUUCGCGGCGCGCGUCGCGCGAGUUCUGGCUGGAGGCGCGGCUGCUGGACGAAGAAGGAAAGCUGAGACGCGGCGCAGAGAAGAGACGCGACGGCGCGCGGAGGGAGCGGCACGAAGACCCAGGAGCACUAGAAAAAACGCGGCAGAGCGCUCGCGAUGAGCGAGGAGGCCGGUGGAGCACGCGCAAGCUUCUUUCGCGCCUCGAGUCGCGCUGGUCGAUGCGCGGCCGGAAGCCUCCGCAGGGUGGGGGGGAGGGCGAGGAGCGAGUAGCCGCGGGGCGGAGACGCGAGAGCGGAGGCAGAGAGGAAGGCAGAGAGGAAGGCAGAGAGGAAGGCCGGCGAGACGCGAAAGGCAGACGAGAGAGACCGCACGAGGGAGAGGCGGAGGAGCGCCGCCUCGCUGCAAUGAACCGCGGGAGUCUCUUGGAGAGCGGAGAGGAGGACGAGGACGAGAGGUGGCGGACGCUGCUACCUGCGCAUAGAGGCGCAACGCGGCGACGACGCACAGGUCAGAGUCCCGCGGCUUCGCGAGCGACCUCUCCACGCUGGCGCGAGGCGGGGCCUGAAUACGAUUUGACCCGGUCGACUUCGUCGGCUUCUGGGUUCCCGCUUGCGCAGAGAGCUUCCUCGCCGCCGCCUGGUGCCCCUGAGGGGAGUUCGCCCUACGCGCGCCGGUCGAUGGGCGAAGCGGAGCGGCGCGAGAGUAUCCGUGAGGCGCGGUCGUGGCUAAGCGGCGUGAGUUUAAGCGCCCUCUGGCGAAGGCUGUCUCCGAAGAAGCGCGGCAGGGCGCGAGAGGAGGCCCGCUCGCGGUCGCCGUCAUACGAGCAGGAGUCCUCGAUGCGCAUGGUGUUUGACGCCGGCGCAGCGCCAUACACACACGAGAGCGGUGCGGGAAAGCGGGCGGGGAUGCCACCAGGGGAGAGCGGAGACGAAGGCAGCGUCAGCGGGCCGCUGAGAGCGCAUGGCGGGCGCGAGCGCUGCCUCGGCGAAGCAGACGUGCGGCAGCUGCGCAGUGCCGGCACAGAGGAAGGCGAGCCAGGAGUUCGCGAAGCGAAGGGCAGCGUGAUUUUGACAGUGCUGCGAGAAGACUCCGAGGCGGAGGCGCGCGAAGAGCAGACAGGCGCGCCAGAGAGUCGAAUGAGGCCGCACAACGGAGAGGACGAAUCCCGCGCGGUCGACACACUGGAGGCGCAGAGGGGAGAGGAGGGGAUGCCGCGGCAUCAGCCUUUUCUGUCUCUGGCGGCCACGGGGGAAAGGGGAUCGCCGAAGAUGGCAGAAAGCAAAUUGUCUGCGGAUCCUUCGCCCCCCACCGCUUCGCCGUCGCAUCUCUGCAGUCUCUUCGCGCUCGGCGAGUCCUCCUCGCUUCCGUUGUCUGUCCGCGCGUCUCGCUUGGACGCCUCCAAGGCUGCGGCGUCGUCUGAGCGCCCGCAGGGAGGCUCGCCUUUCUUCCGCGUGCCUUUCUUGCCCCUUGCCUCUUCUCCGCCGUGUCCCGCGCCCCUCUCAAAGAAGCCUGCUUCGUUCUCAGCGCGGUUCCGGACACUCUCGUUGCCCUUUGCAUUCUUCCGGGGAACCUUGGGCCGCAUCUGCGAGGAGAAGAGCGAAGCUGACGAAGCGACAGGCGCCGCGUCCGCGCUCCGCACUGUCGCCGAAGCUGCGGAGGCGCUGCCGGCGGCGCUGCCGGCGGCGCUCCCGUUGGCGCCGCUGCCUGCGCAGCGCGCGCGACCGCCUCUGAGGUCUCACGUGUUGAUACAGAUCCAGAAUGGGUCGCACCGCAUUCUCGAGCUCCAGCUUGCGGAAGUGCUUCGCCGCAUCCACGACCAGUGCGCUGCGGACGAACGCAGCGAGCUUGAGAGAGAGCGGCACGAAGCAGACCGCAGGCGCCGGAGGAAGGCGCGCGAACGGAUGGACCGACGGCGACGAAGACAGCGAAAGCUGCGCGAAGCGAGAGACGGGGCGGAGGCGGCGGCCGGAUCCGGCGGAGUCGCGGAGGGCGAAGGAGGAAGAGAAGGAGCCGAGCGGAGUCGAACAUGCCAGGAGACACACGGUGAAGGCGGGGAGGUCCCGGAAGGAGCCCGUCGUCACGCAGGCGGCGGCUCACGCGAAGGCCAGAGCGAGGGAGAAACGAAGGCGGCGAAGAAGUCUGAGGCGCCGGCAGCGCGCGGCGGAGACCUCUCGGGCCAGCCUUCAGGCGGGAUGGAAGACGUUCAGAUGACGCACGCGGAGCAUAAUGCCGACUCGAUCCCGAACCUUUCUUCGCGGAGGAAGCGGGCCUCGGCGACACACGGGAGACGUCGACACCGCGACGCCUCGCGGUCACCCUCGUUGUCUUUCUCCUCAUCUUCUUCUCCGCCUCUCUGGUCUGACGAGGAGUCGAGUGAGGCCUCAACGGGCUCUGAAGAGGCCCAUCUUGGAGACUCGCUCUCUUCGUCUGCCUCGAACUGCUCAAGCGAGCCUUGCCGCUCCCGUCCGCGUCGCCGCUCGGGGCGGCGGAGCCCAGCCGUUUCCCGAGGCGCGUCUCUUUCUUCGUUUUGCUCGCGCUCUUCUCGGUCGUCGCUGGCGUCUGCCUCUUCGUCCGCCUCCGCCUCGUGGGACCGAGAGAGGCCGACGACGCUCGCGGGCUGCACGCGCCACGGGCGCCGUUCGAGAGAGGCAGGCGGGCGCAGAGGGAGCGACCGCUGCGCGGAGUCGCGCCCUUGCAUCGGGAAUCUGAGGCAGCGAAAGGGCGACCGCGGAGAGCUUCGCAGAAGGCGGCCCGCGCGACGCCGCGAAGCGUCGAGCGACGACACUGCGCUGUUCGGAAGGCACACUUGUCGGGGCGCGCCCUUGUCGUCGCCCCGAGCUCCCCGUCAUGAGCCCAGUCGAAGACGCACACUCCUGGCGCCGGGAGGCGGCUUCGGCUCGCCCCGCCUGCGGCAUAAAGGGACCGCAGUCGUCGGAAGCACUGGACGGCUGACGUAUCGAGACUGCCGCCAAGCCUUCACGGACGUCUAUCCCAUUCCCUCGAUUGAGGUGCGACGCCACGUGAUUCUCGUCUGUCUGCCGCCAGUCACCUGCUUCGUCUUGUGGAACUGCGUGUACGUCGUGAUGAGCGACGAGUUGGAGCCCGACAGACUCAUUUCGCAGCUCUCCAAGCUGACGCGGCAGUAUCUGCAUCUUGAGCAGGCGCAGCGAAAACGCGAGGACCGCGACAGCAGCAGAGAGGAGCGCCGCCGCAGGCGGAGGCGGCGAGCCCGCGAGAGAAGGAGAGGGAGCCUCGCAGCAGAAAAGCCGCGACGAGGAGGCGAGAGGGGGCGCCGGGAGCUGGGGACGCACGGAGACGAGGAGACAGACACGCAUUCGGAUUCGUCUUCCGACACCACCUCCUCCUCCGCAGUGAGCUCCUCAGAGUCAGGCGGAGCGCGGAGCUGCAGAGAAUGGAGGAGGUUGAGGAAUCCGGAGGGCGAUGGUGAAGAGGCUGGGGCUCAGAGAGAGGCGGAACAGACGGGGACGGGCGAGACGAAGAACGCCGCCCACGAAAAGGGAAAGAGUUUGCAAGUUGGCCGCGAACCGACAAACGGCGAGCUGAUCGACUACUCCAUACCCGUUGUGGGGCCUCUCACGUCUAUCCUGCAAGCCGAAAUCGAGACCGCUGUAAGUAAAGCAGACACUUCUCCCGCUCUCGUUCAGCCGCCCCCGUCUCUGCCUCCUUCGGCGCAGUCCCCGCUCGGCCGCCGAAGCGAGAACAAACCCAAGGCCCCAGCUGAGCCAGUGGCGCCCAACGCGCCCGGAGCGUCUCCUCCGACCGCGGGUGGUGGCGAGAAAGGAAACUGGGGCGCAGGAGGGGCGAAGACGCCGGGGGCCCGAGCGGACACGCAAGAGGCGGGUGCGGCCGUCGCGGCUGUUGCGCGUCUGCCAUCGCCUUGUUCUGCCACACAACUGGAAGACGACGGAGGACACGGCGGGAAAGCGAACACAGGUCGUACAGGCGAGAGCCAUACGCAAGGAACUGGCAAAGGUGAACCCGUCGAAGACUGCGAGGUUAUUGGUCCUCUGAGUUAUUCAGCGUGGAGGGGGAAGCAGAGCGAGGGAGAGGAAAAGUCCAGGAGAAGGCGGAAGCACGAGAGUUCUUCCCGUCGCCGCCGCUGGAGGCGCCGACACUCAGGAUGGGGCGACAGCCCACCGGGCUCCAGCGAGCAAGAUGAAGGGAACGGACAUCCUUUGCCGUUCGAAUUCGCCGCGCUCGAGUGCAUCUUCUUCGCAGCGUUUCAACAGCUGAACUCAGACAUUCUUUAUUUGGAGCGGCAGUUCGCGGACAAGCGGCAACGCACGUCAAAGAAGGCGGAGGUCUCUUCUAUCCUGAUGGAGGGCUUGCAUUCACUCAAAGAGCCCGUGGGCUUCUACCAGGACCGCGUUAACGCCUUUGACAAAGCGUUUGACGAGCUGCUUCUCAACAGCGCAGACCUCCAUCGCAUGGAGCUAACGAACUUGCACAAGAACCCGCACCUCUACGACGACGACCCGAACCGAGACCAGGUCAAUCCCGACCUGGAGAUUCUCCUCGAGUACUUUGACCAAGAAAUGGACCAGUUCAAGGUGCGCGUCCGACACCUGAAGGAAGGUAUCGACAACACAGAGAGGCUGAUUUCUCUUCGUCUCGCGCUCAUGCGAAAUCGCCUUAUUCAGUGGGAGCUCGCAGCGGCUGUCGUCGCCGCAGGCCUUGCCAUCGGCACAUGCAUAUCCGGGCUUUUUGGCAUGAACUUGGAGAACGGGUUCGAAGACGGAAAGACCUCCAGUCACAGCGUUUUCAUCGCUGUCUCUGGCGUCGUAACCGCGGUCGCGCUUCUGUCCAUACUCGUUGUCGUUUACUUGAUCAAAACAAUCGUGCUCUGA